CCUUCCCAGUGCCUGCCUGCCUGCCUGAACGGGCAGCCCUUCCGCCGCUGGCAAACUCCGCGGGCAGGAGAGGGCAGCGGCGGCUUCUUCGCUCGCGCCGUUUGCACAUGCGUGCUUUGGGGCUCAAGCAUGCUCAUUAACCAGGAAGGAGGCAAAAGCUGAUGGGAAGCCAAACCUGACCGGGCGAGCGAGGGAGCCCGAGCAACGCUCGCUGGUCCUCUUUGCCGGCUGCAGGCGUGCACCAUGUGGACGGGAGCCGCCUGCCUGCCCCUCGGGUACCUAUGGCUUCAGCUGCAGGUGGCAGGAUGCUUCUCAGGAGACACUGACCACAUCUUGGCAGUUCAUCAGAGAAAAACCAGGAACCCCAUAUUCAUUUAUCAUCAUGUGCAAAGUAUUGAGAAAAGCUUGGAUACAAGUGAUCAGAGGGAUUAUGGGCACAAUUCCCACUUGCAUUCCCAUGCAAAAGUAAGCAAACUGCACCCUGCCAUGAUCGUUAAAUCAGCAUUCUCUCGGCCUGGACAUGACUCAUCCCUCAAUCUCUUAGCUAUGACCGGUGAGGACCAGGAAGUGGAAAAUCUGCCUGUCCCAGCAGCAAAUGUCAUCACUGUGACUCUGCAGAUGGAUGUCAACAAGCUGAAUAUCACAUUGCUUCGGAUUUUCCGCCAAGGAGUAGCUGCAGCUUUAGGACUGCUGCCGCAGCAAGUGCAUAUCAAGAGACUCAUUGUCCAGAAGAACUGUGUUGAGCUCUUUGUAUCUCCCAUAAAUGGAAAAGGGAUUUCUGAUACACUCCCAUCAGAAGAUGUUCUGAGAUCUCUUAAUAUCAAUGUUCUACAGCAGAGUUUAUCGCAGUUUGGAAUUACAGAAGUGUCCCCAGAGAAAAAUGUUUUGCAAGGAAAGCACGAGUCGGGCAAACUCUGGAGCAAAGAAGGGUUUUAUGCUGUCAUCAUUUUUCUCAGCAUCUUUGUUAUCAUCGUGACAUGCCUGAUGGUUCUAUACCGCCUGAAAGAGAAAAUACAAUUUUCUGUGAGGCAAGAUAAGAACAAAAAACAGGAUAUACAUCUUUCAUCCCUUCCUCUGCAGAGAGCUCAGACAGAGCUCAAGACAACAAAUGGAAUGGUCCAACCUGAACAAGCACCUAAAGUUAUCAAUGUUGUGGUUGACCCUCAAGGACAAUGUGCUCCAGAGAACAAACCCACUCUUUCUACCAGUCCAUCUCCUUUCAAAAUGAAACCAGUUGGGCUUCAAGAAAGGCGUGGAUCAAAUGUCUCACUCACCUUAGACAUGAGCAGCUUAGGAAGUGUGGAACCUUUCGUAGCUGUGCCAACACCAAGAGAAAAAGUAGCAAUGGAAUAUCUCCAGUCAGCCAGCCGGAUUCUCACAAAGCAGCAGUUAAAAGACACUGUUACAAGUUCCCAUUUGCUACAGACAGAAUUCAUGGAAAUCCCCAUGAAUUUUGUGGAUCCAAAAGAACUUGACAUACCAAGUCAUGGGACUAAAAAUCGCUAUAAGACCAUUCUUCCAAAUCCUGUAAGCAGGGUCUGUUUGAAACCAAAAUACCCAGGAGAUGCCUUGAGCACCUAUAUAAAUGCUAACUACAUCAGGGGUUAUGGUGGCCAGGAGAAGACUUUCAUUGCAACCCAGGGGCCCAUGAUUAAUACAGUGAAUGAUUUCUGGCUGAUGGUAUGGCAAGAGAACAGUCCUGUUAUUGUUAUGAUCACAAAACUGAAGGAGAAGAAUGAGAAAUGUGUGCUUUAUUGGCCAGAGAAGAGAGGGAUCUAUGGAAAAGUGGAAGUACUUGUUAACAGUGUGCAAGAAUGUGAGAACUAUACUGUCCGCAAUCUUACGUUGAAGCAAGGCGGCCAGUCAAGUCAAGUCAAACAUUAUUGGUACACAUCCUGGCCAGACCAUAAAACUCCAGAUAGUGCUCAACCACUUCUACAGCUCAUGCUGGAUGUAGAAGAAGACAGGAUGGCAUCGGUCGGUAGAGGACCUGUAAUUGUGCAUUGCAGUGCUGGAAUAGGAAGAACUGGGUGUUUUAUUGCUACUGCUAUCGGCUGUCGCCAACUGAAGGAAGAAGGAGUUGUUGAUGCAUUAAGCAUUGUCUGCCAGCUGCGUCUAGACAGAGGUGGAAUGAUCCAGACAAGUGAACAGUAUGAAUUUGUGCAUCACGCUUUGAGCCUGUACGAAAGCAGGCUCUCUGUUGAAGCUGUCCAGUGAAAUCAAGAAGGAGGAAAUUGAAAAGGUGUCAAUCUCUCAUGAGGUAACUGCUUCAUUACCUCCCAGCAACUUCUUCAAGGAGUUUACAGCCGGGGCAGAAGAGGCCUUGCAGCCAACUUGUAAAAGGAUUGUUGAUGGUUUUUGUCUUUCAAAAAAGCAUGGAAGAUUGAUGGACCCUUGCCUUGAAUGUAUUGUGAGUUCCCUAAAACAGUUUUGAUGAAGGUUAAUGUACCAAUGUUACACUUGGAUUUCACAUAUAUAUCUUAUGGGAGAUUUAUUUCUCUGUAUUAAUGGCAUCUGCCACACAGAAUGUAUGUGACAUAUGUAUGCUCUAUAACAGCUGGAGGUGGGAAAUUCCACUGAAGAAAUGUGUAUAAAUGCUUUAACGUUUGCCAAGUCUGUCUUGUGAAAUAGGCUGUCAGGUGUUCAACUGUACCUGUGAAGUGCUAUUACCUAUUCUGUGGUAAACAUAAUUUGGAGCACUUGGGAUUCUUGAGCUGAAAGUCACAAGUGCUAAAAGGUGCAAGUGAUCAUGGUUUCAGACAAAAAUGACCAAAAAAGAGAGAGGAAUUUAAAAUUGGUUGUUUCUGAAACUAUGAAAAAAAAUCAUUUGCAUUUUCUAUGACAGCUCCAGUAAGUACUCUUCUAUAUUUAAUGUGUAUAGUAAAUUCUGUAAAACAUUGGAGAACACAAUGGCUGCAGCACAAAAAUAACCCUUCCUGUGCCAACAGUACUAAAACAAAGGAAAGUUGUAAAAGUGGUCUGCAUUCUCUUGGAGCUUGCUGUACUUUUGUGACCUUCCAGAUCGUUUCAUGGGGGGCUUUCAGAAAGCCAUUCCCAAUAGGUUGAGUCUAUUGUCUUCUUCAGUGUUUAUAUAUAUUUAUUCGAUACCAUUUAUUGUCUUAGAAGCUGCUUUAUGCUCCAGGACACAAUCCAGUGUAUUUGUAAAUCUUGUGGGUCAUUUUACUUUGGAAAAAAACUUUGCUACAUAUAUUAAAUGGUAAUAAUUUUAAAUAUUUGCCUGUCUUUUACUAAAAGGGGUGGGGGUUGUUGUUUUGAAUAAGUUGUCAGCCUUCCAUUUCUUUCAUGGAAAGGAGGUCUGUUUGAGAGAAUGCAAAACCAGAAUGCUAGGAUUCUAAUAUUUAUUUUCUUUUUUUAAUCUUGGUGCUGAUCAGUUUGUUAAGAAAAAGAGUUAAAACGGGCAUUGCCACCUUUCAGCAAGAACAUUUGGGAUUUCAACAUGGAAUCUUAAAAUGAGUUUCUAAAGCAGUGAUGUUACCUUUGCUUCAUUUAGCCAAUAAACUUGAU